GACAACAUGGCAGCCUCUAUCAAACUCUUUUUAUCCACCAUCUCAUUCAUCUGUCUAGUGCUCACUGAGAGUUUGGUUGAUGCAGCUUUCGUGGAGACUCCAGAACCAGCCUAUGAUUAUAUCAUUGUUGGAGGAGGGUCUGCUGGCUGUGUGUUGGCCGGCAGGUUGUCUGAAGACGAUGACGUCACUGUGUUAUUGUUGGAGGCAGGAGGCAACGACAAGGGGAACCCUAACAUCACGACCCCCGGGCUGACACUGCUCAACUUGCGGAGUUCUGUAGACUGGGUUUACUACACAGAGCCUCAGCCUGGCAUCAUGGAAGGGUUUGAGAACAACCGUUCAUAUUGGCCUCGUGGUAAAGUUCUAGGAGGUAGCAGCAGUAUAAACUUAAUGCAGUGGGUCCGUGGUUCAAGACACGACUACAACAGGUGGGCUGAUUACCUGGGAACCACUGACUGGGACUACAGACAAGUCUUGCCUUACUUCAAGAAAUCUGAGGACAUGUUGAUUCCUGAACUGACAGAUUCUGACUACCACAACCAAAAUGGCCCCGUUCCAGUUUCAAGAUUUUCCAACCAGCCAAUCGUAGAGGAGAUUAUCGAAGCGGCAAACACUGUUGGAUACACUUAUAAUAAAGACUACAAUGGCGAAACUAUGCCGGGUAUCUCCUAUACCCAGGCCAACGCCAAAAAUAGCCAGAGGUGGUCAACAAGUAGAGCGUAUGUCCAUCCUGUUCUUGACAGGUCAAACCUCCAUGUGUCGUUGAAUUCUUCUGUUACUAAAGUAAACAUACGACAGCAGAGAGCGCGGGGUGUGGUAUUUGUUAAAGAUGGCGUCCAGCACUCCAUCAGAGCCAGACGUGAGGUCAUCCUGUCUGCUGGGACCAUCGGCUCUCCACAGAUUCUCAUGUUGUCUGGGGUCGGGCCUAAGAAACAUCUGGAAAGUUUGAAGAUCCCUGUACUAGCUGACCUGCCUGUUGGAGAAAAUCUACAAGAUCACAUGUCUUUUGACGUUGGUGUUAAGAUCAAUGAACCGUUAAGUGUUGAUCCUGCAAGUCUCGGAACUCCGCAAGUCUUUCAACAAUACAUAGUCAACGGCACAGGUCCACUGGCAUCCACACUUGGAGAAGCUAUGUAAUUUAAAAGUUUUUAUCGAAGAGGGUUAUACAGGGACUGGCCAGACCUGCAAAUUCUAUUUCUAAGUAUUCUUUCUGGAACCAACAGGAACGUGUUUGGAUACAACUCACAAGUGAGAGCUGAUAUGUCCAAAAGAGACACAGCUAAGUUCGGAUUCUCAUGUUUUCCUGUAAUGUUACAUCCGGCCAGUCGAGGAAAAAUCACCUUACGGUCAGCAAACCCUUUCACUUACCCGAAAAUAGAAGCCAAUUACUUAGCUGAACCAGAGGACGUGGAGACUUUGAUUAAAGGAAUCCGUGAAUGUCACAACCUGGUCAACACGCCAACAAUGAAAGCUAUCGGAGCUGAGUUGACUGAGGACACGCCAGCCUCGCAAUGUGCACAACACAGGUUCGGAUCCCACAAGUACUGG